CAUACACAAACAACUUGAGAGAGUUGUGUAACCCUAAACCCCCAAAUCUUUCCAAUCUCUUUACGCCUCUCCCUCCCUCCCUCCAUCCAUCAAUAUCUAUCUAUAUAUAGAUACAGAUAUAGAUAUAUAGCUCAAAAUCUUUAACAUCUCCUUCAUCUUUCGAUCAAAACCCCGAUUUUAUUUCACAGAUCGAUCACUCCUUCCUUCCCUAAGCUUGAAGCUGUGGAUGCUUGAGCUGACAUAAAUAUGACAUCUCGUUCAAGCAUUCGCCUCAUUACUUAUUCAGAUGAGCUUGUUAAUGGAGAGACAAUUUAUGUCUCCUCACAUUGUCAGCCAAUCAAAGCUUCACGCUUUGAACCCGCUGGGCAUUCCUUUCAUGACAUUGCACUUAAGCUCCGUGGCUACUUUGAGGAGGAAAGUGAAUCUGAUGAUAAUGAAAAAUUUCCUAAAGACAAAGAAAACGAGUAUAUGCAAUCAUCAGAGUCCUAUAGCAGCACCAAAGGUAAAAAGAAAAACAAGGAUGGGGUGGUUCAACAAGAUCACUAUGCGUUACUGGGUUUAGGUCAUUUAAGGUAUCUCGCAACUGAGGAGCAAAUUAGAAAGAGUUACCGUGAAACUGCUCUAAAGCAUCAUCCUGACAAGCAGGCAGCUCUUCUUCUUGGGGAAGCAACUGAGGCUGCAAAACAAUUUAAGAAAGAUGAAAUAGAAAACCAUUUUAAAGCCAUUCAAGAAGCAUAUGAACUGUUAAUGGACCCUGUGCGGAGAAGAAUUUAUGACUCUACAGAUGAGUUUGAUGACGAGAUUCCUACCACUUGCUCCCCACAAGACUUUUUUAAGGUAUUUGGACCAGCUUUUAUGAGAAAUGGUCGGUGGUCAGUUGUUCAACCAAUCCCUACACUUGGAGAUGAUAAUACUCCACUUAAGGAUGUCGAUGCUUUUUAUGAUUUUUGGUUCAGUUUUAAAAGUUGGAGAGAAUUCCCUCAUGAAGAUGACUAUGAUCUUGAACAAGCAGAAUCACGUGAUCAUAGAAGGUGGAUGGAGAGGCAGAAUGCAAAGCUUUCAGAGAAAGCAAGAAAGGAGGAGCAUGUGAGAAUACGUUCUCUUGUAGAGAAUGCUUAUAAACGAGACCCAAGAGUUAUAAAGCUAAAAGAGGCUGCAAAAGCUGAGAAACAGAAGAAAAAGGAAGCCAAGUUUAUGGCGAAGAAACAACAAGAAGAGGAAGCAGCCAGAAUUGAAGAGGAGAAUAGGCGUAAGAAAGAAGAAGAGGAGAAACAGGCUGCUGAGGCCGCAUCAAAUCAAAAGAAAUUAAAAGAAAAAGAAAAGAAACAAUUGCGUAAAGAACGAACCCGUCUUCGAACUCUUUCUACCCCGAUUGUGUCUCGUAAUUUGCUUAACGUUAGCCAGGAUGAUGUGGAAAGUAUAUGUUUGUCACUUGAUAUGUUACAGUUACAAACCUUAUGUGAGAAUAUGGAAGGGAAGGAAGGGGAUAUUCAAAGUCAAGCCGAGUUUCUAAAGGAGGCAGUUAACUCAGACAAUAUUGAAAAAGAUCGUGUGGUGAAAAACAGUCAACAAAAUGGAUCGAUAAAUGCUAAAGCCAAUGGAAGUAUUUCUACAAAAAGUUAUGAGAAAAAAGAGAAACCAUGGGGGAAAGAAGAGAUUGAGCUAUUGAGGAAAGGGAUAGUGAAGUAUCCUAAAGGAACAUCUAGACGGUGGGAGGUGAUAUCUGAGUACAUAGGCACUGGGCGGUCUGUGGAGGAGAUUCUAAAAGCAACAAAAACUGUUCUUUUACAAAAACCAGACUCAUCAAAAGCAUUUGAUUCGUUUCUUGAAAAGAGAAAACCGACGGUAGCAAUUGCUUCUCCCCUUACAACCAGGGAGGAGGUCGUGGGGGUUUCUUCAACACCUGCAGCUGCACCUGCCCAACCUAAUGUGGUUCCUGCCCAAUCUGUGGGGGUUCAACCUAAACCAAGCCUAGAUGCAGACAAAGCAGAGCCGUCUAGUUCAAGUUCGGAGCAGGAUACAUGGUCUGCGGUGCAGGAAACAGCACUUGUUCAAGCUUUAAAAACAUUUCCCAAAGAAACCAACCAGCGCUGGGAACGUGUUGCUGCUGCUGUCCCAGGGAAAACAGUUAAUCAAUGCAAGAAACAAUUUGCAUUGCUCAAAGAGAAAUUCAGAAACAAGAAAAAGUGAUCACCUGAUUGUAUGUGGGUUUUUGAAGAUUACCAAUGAAUUCAUCAAUUUUGCCACUAGCCGAGUUGUGAGGUAUCUAAUGAACUUAGGUGCACCACAGUGCAUACUGGAAAAGAUACGGCUGGGUCAGAACGUUGUCGACUUACUAGUGGUAUCAAAGGUUUACAUUUUCGUUUGGGUAGAGUAAUGGGUUUUUGUUAUUGGUGACCCAUAAAAUAAGUAGGCGUUGUUUUACUCUAUUCUUCCCGACCCUUUUAUGAAAUAUGAGUAGAAUCUAAUCUGUCUACGAGCUAAAGUUUAAAGUUAAACAUGUUUAUGUAUAUCUGGGAUACAGAUUUGAGUGAAGAUUGUUCCUCUGUUUUUGCCGUUCAAAAAAAAAAAAGAUUGUUCCUCUGCAUUCUAAAA